AUAAUGGAGCGAUAUUUUGAUUUGGCUGUUGCCAGCCACCGUCAGAGGAAGACGAUUCCGAAGUAUAUUUACCUAUGAGAGAACCCGAAGGCGAGUUACCAGACAAAUGACAUUCCAAGGUCGUGGCAGAUGGAUAUUCGUUCCCACACAGUAUACUUCGUGUUCAGUAGAUUACUUCCAUAGUAGAAUCUCCUUGCAUAAAACUAAGGAUCAACUGAUUAUCAAAUUGCCUCGGUAUUUUCUUGUGUUUUGGUGUAUUUUCCAUUGGUUCUUCUCGUCAAAAUCCAACAAAUAUAGUUAUACCCAGCGCAGGUCGCUGUAAUUUCCACAGCCUCUCGAUCACUAAACAACCCCCGCAGCUCCUUCCAAACCUUCGGCACGGUAAUGGUUUUCGUCAUGGCAUCUGUAUAUCUCAAGACAGUGCCCUUAGCAGGUCUCAGCACGCCCUCUGUCACCUUUGCGGGAAUAUCUGCCUCGGAAUCGCGCACAACACUGACUACAGCAGCAUCACUGAGCCCAGCAUCAAUAAAUAAAUCGAGUGGUGCUCUCACUCAAACCAUGCGCCGUUGAGAACCGCCACGCGGCACAUGAUUAACUUACUGAUAACGGGCGUGAGACUGGUUCUUUGGCGAAUUGUCCCGAAAAAUGGGUUCCGGCCCUCUGCGGUUGGGAA